UUUACCCUAAAGACAAAUGUUCAUUCCUACAUAAAGCUCCUCUCUUUAGCACACCCCCAGUCUCUUCAUCCACACCGCCCCCUUUCUCUAUCUAUACACAGUCUCUCUCUCUCUCUAAAACCUCUACCAGUCACCUCUCUCUCUCUCUCUCUCUCUGAGGGUCUUUAAGUAUGACGGAACCAUAAUGCAAAUCUUUACAUGCAGAAAAAUCCUUGCUGCUUAUGAAAUUUUGAUAAGUACCAUUCACAUUUAUUGAGGGUAAUUUUUUCUAAUGGCUUGCAGUAACAGUUACGAGCGAACAGCAUCGGACCUUCUCUGUAAUGAAGAAGCCAAAAGCUUGUGCCUUGAUGAUGACGAUCUUGUUGAUCCUUUCAGUGACGUCAGCUGUCAAACAGAUGAUAAUAAAGGCAUGAGCUUUGUUAAUGGCGGACAAGAUUCUGAGCCUUUGGUUCAUUUUCCAUGUGUGAGUGAAGAGAGCAUUGGUUUGAUGGUUGAGAGAGAAAUUGAACACAUGCCCAGAGAUGAUUAUCUCAAUAGGCUCAGGACUGGGGAUUUGGAUUUGAGUGUGAGAAGAGAGGCUGUUGAGUGGAUGUGCAAGGCUAAUGCUCACUACAGAUUUGGAGCACUGUGUUUGUGUUUGGCUAUAAAUUACUUUGACCGAUUUCAAUCUGUGUAUGACCUGCCUAGAGGUAAGACAUGGGUGUUUCAGUUGUUAGCUGUGGCUUGUUUAUCACUAGCGGCCAAAGUGGAGGAAAUUGAAGUUCCUUCCACAGUGGAUUUACAGGUCGGGGAACCAAAAUUCUUGUUUCAAGGUAAAACCAUACAAAGAAUGGAGCUUUUGGUACUGAGCAUUUUGAAAUGGAAAAUGCAAGCUUAUACUCCGUGCAACUUCAUCGACUAUCUCCUCCGGAGAAUGGCGAAAAACAAUGAGUUCCCAUCAGGGCCAUUGAUUACUAGAUCAGUUCAACUGAUCUUAACCGCAAUCAAAGGUAUCGACUUCUUGGAAUUCAGGCCAUCUGAAUUAGCUGCAGCAAUAGUAAUGUAUGUUUCAGGGGAAGAAAUACAGGCAAUGGACAUUGAUAGGAACCUGUCUGGUUUCAUAAGAGUAGAGAAGGGAAGAGUGUUGAAGUGCCUUGAACUUAUUCAGGAUAUGACAUCAAUUAGUAAGAUUUCUUCUUCUUCUACCAUUACUGCAAAUAUGGCUACUGGCAUUGUUCCAUCAUCAGUGCCCCAAAGUCCAAAUGGGGUGUUGGAGGCUGCUAGCUUGAGCUAUAAGAGUGAUGAGAGAAACCCAAAUUCUUCAGAUGCCAAAAGGAGAAGAUUGGACUAAAUGUGAAUAUCAGUUUUGGUGAAAUGGGAGGCUUUGGUAUGAGGUUUCAAAAGUGCCCUUUGAAAG